AUGUAUUCUCCAUCACUUUUUCUUAUUGUUCUUCCAUGCACGGCAUUGGCCGUGUCAGGACACGGAGUGAAACUUGCGAAACGCGAUACCACUCUCAUUCCAACCACUUGUUUCGAUUCAACAUCCUCCCUAACCGAUUACUUUAAUUAUAACUAUCCUUGGGGUGAUACACACAAUGGGGCUGCUAUUAUGAAGAGUUCAAAUGCCGUGAUCUCGACUGCCGGGACCUUGACGUUGAACGCCACCUACACGGGUGCAUCCGACUACGCAUACGACUCUGGGACUGUUUAUGCAAAGCAAAGUUUUACAGUUGAGGCAUCUGGUGGCCUGGACUUCACAGCAGAUUUUAUCGCCCCGGUAGAUCAGGGCACAUGGCCUGCUUUUUGGCUGAACGGGGUAAAUUCAUGGCCCCCUGAAGUCGACAUUGCCGAGUGGAAAGGGACGGGAGACAUUAGUUUUAACACUUUCAAUACCUCAAGUGAAGUGGAAGCUGAGGAUGUUGACUAUCCGAAUCCAACCGAGUUCCAUACUGUCCUGGCCGAGCUGCGAGAUGAGAACGGCAGCGAUGUCAGCAUCAAGUUCUACCUAGAUGGCUCCCUCAUUACUACUCAAUAUGCCUCGGGUCUUGUUGGGCAGCCUUUAAAUUUGAUCAUUGAUCUACAGAUGGAGGGCAGCAGUGGUAGUCCCGGUCCAACUGGAAGUAAGUGA